GGUUCUCGAGUUUUUCUUGUUUUCGAUCUCAGUUAGGUCCCAGUGAAUCUACCAAACGCCAUACUAUUAUUUUUUCUCCGGCGCAACUGUUUUAUCGUGAUCUCUCGAUACUUGGACAUUUAAAGUAUCUUAAAUAAAAUAAAAUAAAAUAUAAUUAUUUAAAAGAAGACUACUGUCACUAAUAAUAGCAAUAUUAAUAAUAAUUAUUAAUAAUAAAAAUAUUUAAUUACCAGAUAAAUACUUACAUUUAUUUAUCACAAGUUAUAUAUUAUGGACCAGUGGAGUUUUGUGGACUAGUGACAGUGUAAUUUAAAAAUCAACUAAUUUUACAACCAAUAAAAAGAAAAAAAAUGGUCGGCUACUACCCAACAGAAUCAAUCUCCCGGACGCAGCCAUCCCAAAUGACGAUGGCGACUUUGCAAGUAGUAAAACCAGUGAAAAGUCUUGUCUGCAGCCCAGAUCUAACAGUGUUCACGCCGCAGCCGGUGGACCGAUUGACGGAGGCCUCGGACGACAAAUCCUUCCACUGCCUGCUGUGCCAGAAGACGUUCGAGCAGAAGAGUGUCUACCAAAGCCACCUGCGGUCCCACGGUAAGGAAGGUGAGGACCCUUACCGUUGCAAUAUCUGCAACAAAACGUUCGCGGUCCCCGCGCGGCUGACCCGGCACUACCGUACCCACACCGGGGAAAAACCGUACCAGUGUGAGUAUUGCAACAAGUCAUUUUCGGUGAAGGAGAAUCUGAGCGUGCACCGGCGAAUUCACACCAAGGAGCGCCCGUACAAGUGCGACGUAUGUGAGCGUGCGUUUGAGCACAGCGGUAAAUUGCACCGACACAUGAGGAUACACACAGGCGAGCGUCCCCACAAAUGCUCGGUCUGCGCAAAAACUUUUAUACAAAGCGGGCAGCUGGUUAUUCACAUGCGUACCCACACCGGCGAAAAGCCCUACGUCUGUAAGGCCUGCGGCAAGGGAUUCACCUGCUCCAAGCAACUCAAAGUCCACACUCGGACUCACACCGGCGAAAAGCCCUAUACCUGCGACAUUUGCGGCAAAUCCUUCGGGUACAACCACGUUCUCAAGCUCCACCAGGUCGCCCACUACGGGGAGAAGGUCUACAAGUGCACGCUCUGCCACGAGACUUUCAACUCCAAGAAGAUAAUGGAGAUGCACAUCAAGACCCACUCAGACUCCGGGACGACUUCGCCCAGAGACUCCCCCGUGGAGCCCGUCGUCGAGAUAUCCCACAACGGGAACUCGAACCCCGCGAACUCGAUCAGCGACUCCAGCAGCGUGAUCAGCAGCGGGAACAGCAGCGACAAAGAGAACAAGACUGAAGACACUCAGGCUUACAUGUACUCCCGAGACUUAUCCUACUACCUCUACCCCAGGGAUCAGUAUCAGGCGCCGAGUCCGACGGGUGUCAACCCAGCUCUGCUGGCCGCUGCCGCUGCGGCUGCUGCUGAAGAUCGCUCGCUGUUCCAGCCUCCUAUCGUUCCUACCAACCAGCCAGAAUCUCAGCACAUGUUUCUUUAUCCUGAAUCGACGGCCUACUCGUCCUACGGACUCCAGAUCAACGAUAUCAGUGGCAGUGAUUGCUCUUCCUUGCUCAAUCUCCCGGGAAACGAUGCCAGAAGAAGAGUCGAAGCAGCUCUUGAAGCUGUUGAAGAAGAACGCCAGAGAGAAUAUCAUGGCGGCAUUGUCGGCGUGAAUAGAAGUCAGCAAAUUCUCACGCCGCCAAGCAGCAAUCCGGUCAGUCCUGCGCCCUCGCCAGAUCCUUUAGAUCUAGCGGUGCCCGUCGUUGCGAGACAGACUCUCAUUUUGCCGCCCAGGAAGCGCUGCAAAGCCAUCUUGGAGUCCAUGGAGACCGAGAGAACGGAACUCAUGGUUGCUCAAAGACACAGCUCUGUUAUUCAAUUUGCUCGCGCUUCUUAGUAAGCUUCAGUUUUUAAAUAAUUAAUUGAUUUUCAUUGAUUAAUUAUUAUUUGUCUUGAUAGUCUGAAACGUUUUAAUUAAUUAUUAUUAAUUAUAUUAUAUAUUUGCGUGAGAUUUCCCGUGGAAAAAUUGGUCGCUUAAAGUUUUUUUUUUUUUUUUUGGAGUAGUUUAAAAAAUUUAGGGUUUUUUUUUUUUUAAUUUUAACAAAAAUACAUCAAGUGUAUGAAAGUUUAUUUAUUAUUAAUUUGAGGGAAAAAAAAUCAUUCCAGAAAAAUUUGGUUAAACUUUUUGCAAGCAAUUUUUUGUACGGGUCUGUCACCAAUUUUCUGCCGAGGUUCAUAGUAUUAGGUCUAUUGAAUAUAUACCGGAUUAUAUAAAUUAUGAAUGAUUAUAUAUUAUAAGUAUAUAUAUUAUAUAAAUAUAAAUAUUGAAAAAAAUUAUUAGGAUUAAUAUAAAUUCCGUUUGACUUUAUAAAUAUAUUAAAUAAUAUAAGAAGAAAAAAUAACGGAAAUGGUUACAAAUUAAAUUAGAUAAUUAAGAGUCAUUUUCUAAAGUUAUUUAUUGUAACUUCUCUAUUGAGAGGUAUUUAUCAUCUUGUAACUCUAAUUAUUUUAUUAUUUGUUUAGUUUAUAUUGAUAUCUUGCGUUAAUAACGCACUACCCGACAUAUUCCAGCCAAUGUGUAAUUUGUGCUGUGCGUAUAAUGGCACGAGUAUGAACGUAAAUGCUACUAUAGUUAAUAAUAAUAAUUGAUUAUUAAUAUAAUUAUAAUUAUUAAUAUUAUUAUCAUUAUUAUUAAUUAUUAUUAUUGAGCUAUAAAUAAAAUGUUUUGUUUUAAUAA